UUAGUUAAGUUAAAAAAUAUUUCCAAAUAUUUUCUUGCAAAGUUAAUACGAAUUCAGACAUCUUUGGUGAGCACCUACAUUUGUUCACUGGGUGAUCGUGAGUUCGGAAACAUCGCACUGAAAGCGCUCUAUGUACUGCAUAAGGUUCGCGCCAUUUGCCAUGGCUCUGAUGAGUUUUUUCGUCGUAGAUACAAAACUGUGAAGAAUCAUGUGAAGUCAGCACCAACUAAUAAACUUAGCGAGGUGUAAAAAAUUAUAUUAUUUUGUAACUCACACUUAUAACCAGAUCUAUUUAAACAUGGAGAGAGAAUCCAGUGAUGAAAAUGAUUUGGGUAUAUUUGGUGAUGGUUAUGCAAGUCCAUAUGGAAGUCCAAGCCCAUUGGAAGAAUCUAGUCCGUCUGAAAACCGGGAUCAAAUAUGCAAUAUUUGCAGUGCUAAGUACUGCAGUCCUCGAGUUCUAUCAUGUCUGCAUGUAUUUUGCGAGUCAUGUCUGGAGAAAAAGCUUAUUGAUGAAGCAGGUGAUUCUGGCAAGAGUGAUAGUAUCAUCAUAUGUCCCAAAUGUAAACAAGAAACUAAGGUGGGAGCUAAAGGUGCUGGCUCUCUGCCUUGUGAUUAUGUUCUUGCUAAUAUCUUAGAUAUGUCUGCAAUUGAGAGUAUGGCAGUUCUGUGCACUAGUUGCAAGGCCAAGGAGAAAGCAGUUGCGCGAUGUUCAGAUUGUGCUAAUUUCCUGUGCCCUAAUUGCAACACAGCACAUCAGUUCAUGCGUUGUUUUGAGAAUCACCAUGUUGUUGCUUUCGAGGACAUACGGAACUCUCACGAAGCUGUUCCUAUACAUAAGCCUGUUUUUUGUGAAAUUCACUCUACAGAAAGUAUGAAAUAUUAUUGCUACACCUGCCAGAUUCCUGUCUGCAACAGCUGCUUGUUAAAUGAACACAAAGCCCCAGAGCACCACUAUGAGCACCUAGCUGAAGCAGAGGAACAUCAGCGUGAGGAAUUGAAAAAUCUAAUGUCUGAAAGUAAAUCCAAAGUGGAAUUCUGUGAGAAUGCUUCAAACCAUUUGGAAAAUGCUUUAAGUGAAUUGCAGCAACAGCAUGAUAAUGCUCGAGAUCUUAUUCAGGAGACAUUCCAGAGCUAUAAGGCUGUGCUUGAAAAAUGUCGGGAUGAUAUUCUUGAAGAGUUGCAACAAAUACAUUCUAAACGAGAAUUAAAAAUAAUGGACACUUUCCACAGUGUUGAAAAAACAAUGGAAAAAAUAGAUGAUGCCUGCAAAUUUACAUCUCGUCUUCUGGAGCAUGGCAACACUGUUGAAGUGCUCUCCCUGAAACAAGUGGCUGGAGCACAAUUAUUGUAUCUUAUAAAUAACACUCCUAAACCUGAUGUGAAUACCACUAUUGAAUUUGAUACAGAUAUGAAGAAAUUUGAAAGUGCUGUGAAGGCUACAUUUGGCUCAUUUCGUGCUGAAGCUGUGACAACACCUAAAGAAAGCUCAUCUCCUCCCACACUUCCCAAUGUUGGAUCCAUAAAACUUAAUGAUAUUAUUAGUGUCCCUAAUAUAAGUACUACAAAUGGUUGCCCUAGUACUGUAACCACAACUAGUAGUCCUGUUUCUCUUCCAACUUCUAUGCAGUCUUCGUUCGAAGGAGAACUUGCUAGUAACGUGGGCCCAAGUUUCACAAUACCAACAGGUGUUUUGAAUUCAGAAACUCCUGCAGUGGCAGCCCCACUUCCCCCCACCACUUUGCAUGGUCUUACCAGCAUCCAGGAAUACAAUUUGCAGCAGUUGGCUAGUUUGGCUGAGAAAGAACCUGUGAGCUCCCCUGUGAUGGGUGUGCCACCCCCUCAUCCGCCUCCCAGUUCAAAUCCUAGUCCAACACCUUCAUUUACUUUGGCAGAUCUCUUCUCAGGAGACAUUAGUUCUGCUAAUAAUGCUCUCAAUAACCUCCAGGCUCUGGCAAAAUUAGGUGGAGUUUCUUUAAACAACACAGAUUUAGCCAAUGGUUCUCUUAAUGGUGCUCCACCGCCUGCUGGUGCCAAUCUGGUAUUGGGGCGUGGAUCAUCACCGAGCUUGGAGAUAUCUACCACUAUUGCCACACUGAAUGGAGGGGCUUACCGAUCUCUCUCGGGUUCUCCCUCUCCAAUAUUAUCACAGCCAGAUGAACUUCUAGGUGAAGGACUUCAUAAUAUUCCUAUCAUAGGUGUAGGAGGUGGAGGCCCCACUAAUACUUUUCACCAUCCUCGGGCUUCAUCGAGCAAAUUAACUCCAAUGCAGAUACGGUGCAAGUAUGGCCAAUUAGGACCUAGCAAGGGACAAUUCAACUCCCCUCAUGGUUUUUGCCUGGGAAUUGAGGAAGACAUAAUCGUUGCUGACACCAACAAUCAUCGUAUUCAGGUGUUUGAAAAGACUGGGACUUUCAAGUUCCAGUUUGGAAUUCCUGGGAAAGAGGAAGGACAGCUUUGGUACCCUCGCAAAGUUGCUGUUAUGAGAAACUCUGGCAAAUUUGUUGUCUGUGAUCGUGGCAAUGAACGUUCUCGCAUGCAAAUAUUUACAAAAAAUGGACAUUUCAUUAAAAAAAUUGCCAUCAGGUACAUAGACAUUGUUGCUGGGUUAGCAGUGACUUCCCAAGGCCACAUUGUGGCUGUGGAUAGUGUUUCACCUACGGUGUUUGUUAUCUCAGAAAGUGGAGACUUGCUUCGUUGGUUUGACUGCAGCGAUUACAUGAGAGAACCAUCUGAUAUUGCUAUUAGCGGUAAGGAAUACUUCGUAUGUGACUUCAAAGGUCAUUGUGUAGUUGUGUUCAACGAAGAAGGUCAGUUUCUGCGCCGCAUUGGCUGUGAAAGCAUCACCAAUUUUCCCAAUGGGAUAGACAUAUCAGAUGCAGGAGAUGUAUUGGUAGGAGAUUCACACGGAAAUCGUUUCCAUGUUGCUGUCUUUUCAAGAGAUGGGUCACUUCUUUCAGAAUUUGAGUGCCCUUAUGUCAAGGUGUCUCGUUGCUGUGGCCUAAAGAUCACCUCAGAGGGAUAUGUUGUCACUUUGGCAAAGAACAAUCAUCAUGUGUUGGUUCUCAAUACUCUUUACAUCAUGUGAGCUGAGCAUGAAACUCGAGGAAGGCAAGAUGAAUUCAAGGGUUAGAAAUCAGCCCAUCUAAAUACGUACGUACUAUAGUUAAAAUUUGCAGCCGCAGAUGAGAGUGGAAAUCACUUCAACUCUAGCAGAUCUCGCAAGUGUACAGUGCAUAUUAUGUUCUACUUCACAUAGUCAUUUCAGUACUGUCGUAUGUUUUAAGCAGUUCGUGCCCUUAUAGGCUAUAAAAUAUUUUUUUCUAAAGAAUUCUCUUCAUAUAUGGCAAGAUUAACUAUUUAGCCUAGAUGAAGAAUUUAUUUUAUUUUAAUCUAUAUUUUAAAAAUGAGAAAUGCAUUUAGCAAAUUAUCCAAACAGCAAGUACUGAGGUUAUAUUUACACCAAUAAUUUUAUAUUUGUUAAAUAUUUUUAAAAAACUAAAUUAUGUUUAUAUUAUUACGUAGCAGCAGUUUCAUGGUUCCUAAUUGUAAAUGUUUAUGCUUGUGAAUGUGGGGUUGAAUUUUUAUUGAUUUUUGUUUUUGUUUUUCAUGUGAAUGAAUGUGAGAGUGUCAUGUACUGGCAGUGUGUGAACAUAUUUUAUGUAACUAAUAUCUACAAUACUUACUCAGGUCAUGGCUCCUUUAUGUCUCCAGUAAGUGUCCUGUUGUACUGUUCUAACUCUUAAUUAAGUGUACUAGUAAGUUUGAUUUUGUAAUUGUGAAGCUCAUGUAAUUCGCCUGGAACUGAGUGACAGGAGCCAUGCUUGUAUUAUCUCAAUUGUGUGUUUUACAGUGCCAUUAUUAUCUGAUUGUUGAUAGUUACUUCCUGUUCUCAAAACUGUCUUUCCCUUCUUUUUAUUCGUAUGAAUGAUUUGUAAUCAGAGAGAUUGUGUCAAAUUAUUUCAAGUCAUGUUGUAAGAUAUAGCUGGAUAUUUUACUGUAGUGUAGAAGACUUAAGUGAUAGCAAUGUUAUUUUUGUCUAUUAAAAAUGUGGAAAUUUCUUUACAAAAAAAGUAUUAGCAGACAAGACAAAAAAACUAGUGUGCUCUCACUCUUCUCUUUGUGCCGUUUUGAUUGCACAAAUGUCUUGUGUUAAUGUUCUUUCUUUUUCUUUUUUUUUUUUUCAAUUUACUGUUUUUAAGUGCCUGUAUGGUUAGGUGAAAUUUGUCCAGUCACAUAGCCAACACCAAUGUUUUUUUACUUUUAAGACCACCAAAGAAAUGACAUCUUUCAAUUAUCAUGUUUCAUUGUAAAAUGCUAGUUUAUGUUGAAUGUGUAGACUAAACAAAGAUGGCAAUCAUUAGAUCCAUUUAGUCAUACUUGCCUUGUGCUCAGAGUUUUAUACCUAAAUUUUGAAUGCGGUACUCCUCCACAACCAUAAUGAGUUUCCAUCAAUAAAUGUUGACUUGUGCAUUAUGGAAUGAAUAUCUGAGAAUGUUUAGGAAUAAAAUUCCACUCAGAUAUUCACAUAUCUUAUUAAAUUAUGAAAUAUCUGUUAAAAUACUGUGGUUUGGAAGUUUAUUUAUUGAUCUGUUUGAUAUAUAUUGCAAAAUACCAGUGAAAUUACCAUAUCAGGGAGUCAAUAUAUCAAAUAUUUCUUUCCAGAUAACUUUGUAUUCUUUUGCAAUUGUUAUGGAAACUUUUCAUGUAUGGUUGUUGAUAGAAGUGAAAUUUGUAGGUAAAUGGUUCAUAACAUGCUUGUCAAUUUGCAUACAUGAUAAAGGUGUCGAUAGUCUGCAAGAAGGUCUUUAUUUUGUGUUUGCUUUCUCUACAUUAUUUUGUUAAUAACUGACUUGAAACGAUUUUACAUGCCUUAACUGUUUCAACACUGCUUUUCAUUAUCCCAGACAGCGAAUCAACUAAAAGACAAUAACUCAUUUUGAGUAUUUGUUAUUACAUUUUUAGUAGGUUGAAUAUCACACUUUGAAUUCUAUUAUGAUGGGGUGGGGGUUCUUAUAAUAAUAUAAUAUAACCCUUAAAUAUAAUCAUGUAUGCAAAUUGAGGUGUUUGUUGUAGCAAUGUGUGUAUCCAGUUUUACAUUGCAUUUGCCUUAACAUCAGUUUCUAAGUAUUAGGUGAAUUUCAACAUUAAAAAAUCUGAAGAAUGACAACUUCUGUUCUUGUUCUCAUCAUGUUUUAAAAGCGUGAACUUCUUUCAUUAUUUCUCAGUGGACUUUUAAUAAGAAAAUACUAAAGAAAACCAUUUAAUAAAAAAAACAUGCCUGUGAUAAUAGUAUCUUCAGGAUCAGUUGUGACCUUAGUAUCUCGUUAUUUUAUCGUAAGCUGCCUAUAUUUACUAGUGGCAAACUUAUAGAGUAAGUUAAAAAUAAUUGUAAUAUUUCUAUAAAAAAGAGAAUUUUUAAGGAAUGCUAAGCUUAAUAUCUAGUAGGAGAAAAUUUCAUGUGUCUACUGUGUGUUCUCCUUUCUUUGGGGAGGGAACAAUGCUGUUGUGAGUGGAAGAUGAUGCUUGUUUCCUUUGAAAUUCAUGUUGUGGUGUUUUCUUAAAAAUCGAGAUACUGGGUAAGAAUCAAAAUUACCAAUGGAGAUGUUAAUAUUGUUCAAUUUGUUUGAGGGAAUACUUGAUUGUUGAUAACAAAUGUCAGUAUAUUUUUGUUAUUUGCCUUAUGUGAAGCAACAAAAUUUUACACACACACUCUCUCUUAUUGAUAUACAUAUAUUAUAUAUAUAUAUAAAAACCUGCUCAGAAUCUUAUACAUGUUUUGAGUAUAUAAAUAUAUUUACACAACUUUUUGACCUUAACGGUUGGACAUCACUCCUAAAUUUUUAAUAUCACCAAACUAAUAAUUUAAAACUGUUCAGUCAGUUAGGAGUGAUGCCUAACCUUCAUUUUAAACCCCUAUGAUUUACCUCGAUAGAUAAAGAUAAUUACAAAAAAUAUAUAUUGUGGUAAUUGUGAUAGAAUUUUUGAUGAUUUUUACAAAUCACGCAAGUCUUUUUCAAUGUGUACAAAAAUGUGUUGUCUUUUUUAGAUAGUAACUGUGAAAGAAGGUUAUUUCCACCCUAUGCAUUAUACAAAUGGCAAAAAAAGGAAAAAAAAAAAACUAUAUGAAAUUUACAUGAAACAAUAAUUUAAUGCAAUUUUCUGAUCCAUGGGUUACAUCAAUACUGUAAUAAGUGAUGCAACUAAAUGUUAUUGAAAAUUUUUUUUCUUCCCACCAAAAUUCACUAGCAAUAAGUGUUGUUAGUUUUGUCAGUAUUGAAACAGAAAAAGUUAUAAGUCUCUAUAAAUAUUUGUAUGAAAUCUUGUCAUAUAUCAUUCCAUCCAUAGCAGGAACUGGCUGCAAUGUUACAUAUUCUUCACAUGUGAUGAAUCGGAACAUCAAAAUUUUCUUAAGAGAAUCUUGGUGCUUUAGUUAGUAAAGAUUUCGCGUUGCAUAUUUUGUUCACAAGAAUUUUUGUGUUAACAUAAGAAUUCCGAUUUGGCAAGUGGUGUUAUAAUUGCUCCUAGUUCCUAGCAUUGUCACUUUCUGAUGUGAAGAGCACGAAGGUCAUGUCUGUUGUGAUACCAAAUUCACGUGAGAAAGGCAUUGAGCACACCUGCCCUAUGUGCUUUUCUCAUGUCACACAGCCAUUUGCACUGAGAGCCAUGGUGUCUUGAGCACUAAUCACUGGAUAAUUGAUUUUCCAAGUGUAUGAAAAGGUUUCAUGGCUACAUUUCAACUUCAAUGUUAUGACAAGACUUGAAUUGUGUUACUUCUUGAAAUUCAUUACAAAUUUCAGAGCUUUGGUGUUAACUUCAGUAUAUAUAGAUAAAUGUAUAAAGUUUUGCCAUCAAUUAUUGCUUGAGAUGAACUGUUUUCAUGGAUAUCAUUUCGGUGCAUAUGGCUGUCAGUCUCUUCCCUUAAGUUAGUACGCUUAACACAACACAGUCUUAUGUGGGAACACCUACAUUAGACAGUAAAUUUGAGUGC